GCCGAGAAAACAGUUCAGUACAGACGGCCAACCUGUCGUCAGUGUGUUCCCUAACGCGUCUGUGUACUGUCCCUAUGCAAUGCAAUGCCCCCGCCCCCCACCCAAUGAACACUCUGUCGAUUUGUUAUCCUUUGGACCGCCACUGUGACACCCACGCCACGCACAGACAGAUAAAUGAAUGCAUCGACCGUCCAUCUGGGCACACUGCACGCGACACGCACAUCCACGAUGGAUGGAUGGAGCAAGGCCCAAAUCACACACACACACAUACAGAAUAGUACCCACAUCAUAUGUGUCACUCACGGUUGAAAGCCUCUUUUGUAUCGAUCUCCUUUGCCUAAAGUACAUCCGUCCACAAUCAUGCCUACUUCUUGCACACCCACAAACUCCGCUAGCCUGAUGCGUGCCAGCCCGUCGCUGUCCGUCAGACCCCGCCACUACCCGCCGCGUCCUGCCUGGCCUCCAUGACGACCGCGUCGAUGUCGAGCCCCAGCGACAGCAUGUCGGCCUCGUCGUAGAGAGGCUCCUCAUAGAGCUGCAACUCCUCUUCUUCGGCCUCCUCCAUUUGUUGCCGCUGCGUGGGCGACAUGAUAUCUGACCUCUCGCUUCCGACGUGGGGACCCACCCUGACGGGUCCAUCCUCCGGAAUCUCGUCAUCUCCCCCCACUGAGCUGGCCGGGGCGGCGACACUGGGCUGGUCGUUGGUCGCCAGGAACGGCAGCCGCGGCUGCUCGGGGUGCAACCCCGAGAAAGGCCUCUGAUCAUUGUUCUGGUUCGCACCAGCCCCAUGCUCGUCGAUGGGCUCCAUCCUGAUUGAUGCACACGUGUAUGUCUCUGUGUCUCUGUGUCUCUGUGUCUCUCUUUUCCGUGCGGUACUUACUUGGUGCGCUGCUGCUGCUUCUGGUCGAUGUGUCUCCGCUGGUCGGGUGGCGUCUGUCGGUUUCUUGGCGAGAGUGGGUUGACCCACCUUCCGACCCAGGAUGCGGGCGACGCUGGCUCGGAGGUGGGGCCGCCCUCCUUGGGGGACGACCCGGGCGACUUGCUUCCCUUCUUGGGCGAGUAGAUGGUCGGGCUCUUGCCGCCAGUCCCCUUGGACAUGUUCGACGUGGUUCUAAGGGACUGGAAGUGUUGCUGUUGAUAGAUGUGUGAGGAAAAGAAAAGACAUAUGCGUGGUGUGGCGUGGAAGGAGAGAGUGAGGGGGCAGGGCACCUUACCUUUUGCAUGAGUCUGCUGAUCUCCUCUUGGUAUUCUUCCUCAUCGAUGUCGCUCUUGGCGCUGUCGCUAAAUGCACGGUUACUGCCGCGGAAGGACAGGCGCCUGGUGAAUGACACACGUACAGACAGACAGACAGACAGAUAGACAGGCAGAUGAAUGGAUGCAACCAUGACAGACAGACCUGCCUCUCCUCUCCAGUGAGUGACUGACCCGCUGGUCUUUGCGGUCCGUUCCUUUAUGAACUUCCAAUCGAGCUGGACCGACGUCUGCCUUUUGAUCUUGUCGCCGUGCUUCUUUAGCGCCACCGUGUCCCUCAAGGCAGCCAAGUAGUCUUGUUGAGAUACCACCUGGACAAGGAAUGGACAGGCAUCAGUCAGUAUUAUUGACUGGAUGCAAUCAACAUCCCUGUCUAGCAUAGCAUACCUCCAUUUUGAGCAUGAUAAGGCUGCUGCGGAGCUUGUAGAUGUCGGCCUGGGGCAGCUCCUCCAGCUCGCGCAUGAUCUUCAGCUUUGACAUCCGAGAGCACGCACGCCCAACCUGCAGUCCGAAGCCGUACACAUAUGACACAGCAAAAGAGCUGGUGGAUCGGAUCGUCGGCCAAUGGCGUGGUGUGCAGCUGGCCGACGGACGAUUCGGAGGUCGUAUGCGAGUCCGAGCAGGUUCUCCUCAAAGACGCGCCGCAGCCGUGGGCUGUGCUCGGUGAAGAGGGGGAGUACGACGCCCACGAGCACCACGCUGACGCAAACCGACACCGACACCAGAAUGAUCGUGGAAAAUAUCUGACAGACAGACAGACAGACAGAGACAGACAUACCACACAUUCGUGUCUGUGGCUGACAUGUGGCUUGCGCUGACAUGUGAGUUUUCUUCUCUCUUCUCGAUGAAAUAGAAGCCGGCCGCCGCCAGCACGGACAGACUCAACAUCAUGGCCACAUCCAUCACUGCGUGACACCACACACACACACACACACAGAAAUGCACAACGGCAGGUGGGCCUCUCCCGUUCUCACCGUUGUUGAGAACGCUACGCCAGGGCCAGAAGAAUAUCUGGGAUUGAGACACAUGAAUGAAAGGAGCCAAGAGAGAAACAUAGGCACGGACGUCACAAUGUGUGUUGGCACGUCUGUGUGCCGGCCCACGCACCUGCAAGCCUAGGAAAAUCAGCAGGAGACAGAUGGUGAGAAAGAUUUGCAGAUGGCCAUCUGCAGCGACAAUGAAUGGGACAUGACAUUGACGCACACCUGGGAUCGGGAUCGGGACCGUCAGGUGUGUACAUUACCAUUAGGCACGAUCGCGGGCACCAUAGCAAGCAGACAGUUGCGCAACAGCAGUAUAGAGCCCCACCUGCACUCAUGCAAUGCAGCCAGACCAGGCAGCCAACCACAAAGUUACACAUCCAUUCAUGCAUUGUGAGAAGGUGUAAGUGUGUGUGUCCACCAGUAGACGUCCGGACGGAAUCUGCAAACAAAAUGAAAAUGCCUGAGCGUGUUUGUGUUCGUUCGCUGUCACUCUAUCUCCGUCUGUGUCCGUACCUGAAGAACAGGAACCUGUAUCGUGUUCUAAAGCCGGGCUCGUCGAAGUGGAAGGGGCUGAUGUAGCUAAUCCAGGCGAAAUACACGAAAACUCCAAUCUGUAUGCACACAGCCAAUCGAGCAACCAGCCGGCCGGCCACCAUGUCCGUUUGUUUCCGUCUGCCAGCCACGUGUGCGCGGGUCGGCUUCCUUCCCCACUAACAUGGACGUACCACGUAGACGAGGAGUCCAAAGAUGCCCAGCGGCAAGUAGGUGGUGGUCCACCGCUUCCCAUAGCCUGUCUCUGGGUCGAAGCACGUUAUCUCGGGGUGCUCGCGCACCGUAUACCGACCGUUGGGAUGCUCAAAGCACUGAAGGGAGGGAGGAUGGGAGCCAGAGACACGUGAGUGGGACAAUGUGUGUGUGUCAGAGACCUCGAGGGUGCGACAGACCUGGAAUAUGACGCACACGUUGCUGACAAAGGCAACUGGUGAUGGAAACACACGCAAAAAAGCCAUCCGUCGUUCUGUUUGUCUGUGUUUUUCCGUUCGCACGGCUUGGCUUACUGUACUGCACACACACACACACACACACACACAGAGAGAGAGAGAGAGAGAGAGGUGAUUGGUUGCGAGAUCACCUGUACUGAGUCCGCGUGAGUGUGUGCGUCCGUGCGUGUGUAGACUGACAAGGAUGUUGAUCAUCAUUCCGAUGGUGUUGAUGGUUUUGUCGAGCGACAUGACGUCGGACCGGAGCCAGGCUUUCCAGUUCAGCACCGACUCGAAGUACUUGCCCGUGUUGAUAUGCCUCCGGGCUCUCUCGUCCUCUUUGGCAAAGGCCUUUUUCCGCUCAACCAUAAGCUCGUCACGCGGCGGAGUGCCCUCGCGUAUGAGGGGAAUGCCGAAGACCUGCAUGGGCUUGGGCCGCUUCUUGAGCUCACUGAGUGGUUCCCGCCCCACGACGGCGAUGGAUGCGCUUUUCUUCAUCUUCAUCUUCUUGGCAAAGUCGAACUGCGGGAGGCCCUCUGGCGUCUGUCUGUCGAACUUGAGACUCAGCCUUUUCCCACCCCCCUCCGAUUUGACGGGCUUGAAGCUCAGGAAUGGUGUCGGCGCAGCUUCCUGCACCAGACCAUAACGCUCCAACAGCGGCACUGAUGAAUGGAAUGGAACAGCAUGCAGCAACCGAUCCACUGUGUGUCUGUGCCACAGAGUAUGGAUGCCUCUCUCUCUCUCUGUCCUUGACGUACGCAUCAUUCUGUACGCUCCUUGAGCGAUGAGGAAGUUGAGGAGGAAGAUGAGGGUGAGGAAGAGUGGCACGCUCAGCCGCAGUAUGUAGUCGGUCAAGGGGUCGUCACCAAAGACACAACCAGGCCGCAGAAACUGCACGUCCAGCACUGAGCAGAUCAACACAUGAGCAGAGGUCCGGCCCCCAUUUGGCAGAACGUGUGUGCGGCAUGGGCCUGUGUGCUGUGCUGAGUGACCGAAGAUGGUCGCCCAGUUGAACAUCUCGCGGACGCGGCCCGGGAAGCCGAUGUUAAAGGUGCCAACGAUACUCAGACUUUGACCACAGACAGACAUACAGACAGACAGACGAAGUUGGGCCGGCAGCUCAGUCCGCUUCCUUCCUCCCUACCUCUGCAUGAAGUUGAUGAUCAUGCCUGAGCGAGACACACACAGGUGACAUGUGUGUGGUGUCUCCGCACGCGGACAGAUCGACCGCCGAGGCCUCAGACAUACCCAUAGUGAGGGAGAUGUUGAGUGUGACGGCCAUGCGGCGAGUGAUCGGGGAGUUCACCUGAUGAUCAGAGAGACAGACCCUCGCAUCACGUCAUCCACUUGGCACAUUCGUGCAGCUGCGAGUGUCUACGAAGAAGUGGAAAAAGAGCCCAAAGAAGAGGAGGAGGACGAGAACGAGCCAAAAGAUGACCGUUGAUGAGGUGCCGCUCCGAGCGCAGGGUUUGCACACACCGCCCGUCUUGUAGUACUCGUCACCGCACAGUCUGAUGGAUAGACACAGAGACGGACAGCGAGCAGCUUAGCUUAGAUGUGUGUACAUACAUACAUACAUCCGUCCCUCCCAGCUGGCUGACUUACGAGCAGGAGACAGUUUUGCUGUCCCUUCCCUCGGCGCACAUGGGGAAGUCGUCCUGAAGGGCUGGAUCAAGGCUGCCCCCUGCGCGCACACACCGAUGCGCCAGUGUCUGUGUGUCUCAUGUGCGGGUCUCACCGAGGCAUGCGCCCUCAUCCCGGCAGCGGAAGACGGAUGGCGCAUCGAAUGUGAGGUUGUAGUCGUCGCCGAGGACGAAGGCGAAGUAGUUGACCUCGAGGCGCGGCAAGGCGUGGCCUUCUUCCAUGUCCACUCUGGCGCACACGAGACCCUCGUAGUCACCGCAAGCUGCACCCGUCCACCCACCAUGUGUGUAUGUCAUGUCUUCGUCUCCAUACAUGUGUAUGUCAUGUCUUCGUCUCCAUAAAUGUUACUUACUGUCUUCCUUACUUCUGCAUCUGUCGUGCUUGUAGUCCAGGUAUGAUCCCGUGGGGCAUGUGCAGGCUGACGCGCUGAUCUCGCCCCUGCUGAAUGUGGUCUUGGUCUCGUUGCAUGGCUGGCAGCUCGUGGCCUUCACAACACGUACAUACACACGCGCAUGUGCAAAGACACACUCCUGCGGUCUGUCCGUUGUCCGUCGGGCGAUGUCUUGUACGUACAUUGCGGUAUGGAUUGAAGCUCCCCACUUCACAUUGCUCGCACGUCUGCGCCCCUAUUGUGUCCGAGUAUGUGCCCGGCGUACACGUGAGGCAGGAAGACUGCCCCUUCAAGUCCUGAUACGAACCAGGACUGCAAGACAGACAGACAGACAGACAGGGACGGAGGGAGGGAGGGAAGGAGGGUCGGAGGCGGGGACGAAGGGAGGAAGCAUCAGACGACUUGUUGCCGGGUUGUGUGUUCGAUCGUCUUUAUGGCUUCCUUGCCUGCAUUGCGUACAGAUCGCUGCGCCUUCAUCCGAGUACGUCCCUGCCUGAUAUAUGAAGAAGGAGCAACGUAUAAAUGAAUAAAGAGGCAAGAUUAAGGCAGACUUCGAUGCGCUGACCUCACAGUUUUUGCAGCUGGUAGAGGCGGUCUCGUUUGCGUAUUGUCCCGGUUGGCACAGCUGGCAGAGCCUCUCGUCUUUGGCAUUACUGAAUGAACCCGGCAGACAGUCUUGACAGUUGCCCUGACCCGACAACACAAUCCUGGACGAAUGGAUCCAUUCACUGUUCCAGUGUGCAAGAGCCUCACGGACGUUUGAGUCGAUGUAUUGCCCCUCUAGACAUGGGUUUGGGCGGUCGGGGGGACGGAAUCCCGACUUGUUGGCGGGGAAAAAAGUGGUGCCGUCGUUCCACUGGAAAAAGCUGUCGUUGUUCCACGCGAAGCCGUUGUGGGUCGACCAGCUUCCCAACACGACUUGCUGAUCGGUCCGCUGCACACAUUAGCAAGGAGACAGAUAGGAAUGAGCGGGUGAGAAAUGAGAGAAAGACAGCCAGACAGACAUACAUACACACACACACACACUUGAUCCGCCCUGACUGACUCUGAUUUGUUUGAUGUCGAAGAGGCCGUCGCGGUCGCCGCUACCAUUCAGAAAGCUGACAUAGCCGGUCGUCCCUUGAAAGGGCUGCACACCACACCACACCACACCACUCAGCGCCAUGCGAUGGAUGUCCAAUCACUCUGUGCUUGACUGACCACGGAGACGCUGUAGUUAUAAAGGAAGUUGGCCACCGUUUCGUUGGCUUCAUAGAGAUCCGUCUCAUUCCCACCUUCCUCUUCCAGCCAUUCGUGAAACAUAUAUGCGUAUUGCCUGGCAAAUGUACACAGCCACUCACCCACUCAACCACGAACAUAAAGGACUGCCGCGUGCGGAUUUCUGACUGACUGACUGACCAGAGCCCGUCGUAGAGGUAGCUGGCCGCCCAGUGACAACCGUCGCUCGUGGUGUCACAAAGGUCGUGAUAGAUUUCCUGGAUCUGAAAAUCAAAUUUGGAGUGCGCACUUCCACACGUGGACACAAAAAGGGAAUUCUUCUCUUGGCUCAGCUUGUAGUGCUUUACCUCGUCAAGUGUUCGGUUGGCGAGGUCGUGUUUCUCAGAGCCAGAUUGGAAUCCAGCAACAGACAGGCCAAUAGAGUUGUUCGCGGCCUGCGACACACCACACCACACCAUACCAUACCAUACCACACCACACCACACACCAUGCAUCCUCCACGCCGCUGCCCGGAGGGCUGAGACUCACUUCGAGGAGUUCAUCCGCAUUGCAUUCGGUCAAGUUGCUCUGGUCUGCAAUGCGGAUCCAGUCACCCGGCCACCUGCACAUACCAGCCAACCACUUUGAAGUAUGUGUGAGCUUCGAGCCACUUACUGCCUCCUUCCUGACAUACCACAUGGUUGGCGAGAUGAAGUAAAAGCUGCUGUUGCGCCCAUACAUGCCUGCCCGGUGCAUGGCGCUGAAACGAUCCAGCCAUGCAAUGCAUGUCACACUGAAGGUCUUGGUAUGGAGCAGGUACGGUACGCACCAAAAGAUUUGCGAUGAGUGGUCUUCGAAGGCCGAAAUGACCACGACAUGCACCCGCAGACCAGGCAGCUGACUUACGAUGUCGUCAGCGACCUCUUCCGUCGGGCCCUGCAGACAUGCAUUCACAAACGGACGGAUGCACCCACGCGGUUGCUGGGUGCAUCCAGGUGACAUACCGCCAUGACGAAGGUCUCGAUUUCUUCGUAGUUGGAGUUGAUCCUUCCCAUCUCUCUUUUGAUUCCAUCCGCGUACUCGAUGCAGAGACCCACAUUCUGACCGAUGCAAUCAAUUCUGAUCGCUGCCGGCAUCCUACUGACUGCAAGCUUCACCUGGACAAUGUACGCCAAACGAACGAACUCAAGCUCCUUUAGCAGCUCUCCAACCGCUUGAACCAGCUGAAAAGGAAAGGAAUAAGCGAUCCAAAAAGGUCGUCAGUAAGCAAGUUCUGCACCGAGCGUCAUUCAUCAUUCAUGUGAGCAGCUGAUUGGCUGACCUGUUCGGCUGCGGUGGGCACGGUGCGUGUGAAGUAUGGGUAGACGGUUCGGUCGCUCAGCACACCGGAUGUGCAGAAGGCGGCCUUGGUCAGCAGGUUGUACACCUGGGCGAUGGGAGCCUCUGUCAAGCACGCCGGACUGCGUGACAGAGAGUCACACGGUCAGGCGAUGUCUCGUGCCGUGUCAGGUCUUGUCAUCCCUCCUGUCUGCCCCACGCACGUGCAGCAGUCGCCGAUGAUGCCCACAAUUGGAGGCCUGCAUGAACGUACGUAUAUACAUCAAAAGACGCAGUCAAUCCAUUCGUGUGUGGGAGCUGACCCGGGGUUUGUAGGGUCUGAUCCAUUCUUGAGCGCCUCGGCAGUCACGAGCGCGCCGAUCACUGACACCCACCAGCCAACCAAUGAAUAGCGAACAAACGAUUUGACUUGUAGUGUACCGUCGUUGCAUUCUGAGUCGACGAUGAGCAUGUCAAGGUCGUGGUUCGGCAGCACAUCAGUUCGGUUGUUGAUGUCCUCCAGAGCUACAAAACAUAUCCAAAACACGCACGUACGUAUCCACACACGCGCGAGCAGCCACACAGAAAGGAAAAACCACUGUGCUUCAUCAUGCAGGCCUGCAAUGGCGCAUAUACCGUGCAGAAGAAGGGGCUCCGAUUUCCUUCAAACAAGCACACAGACAACGGAUCGGAAUGAGUGGCGUCUUUAUCUGCCCUGGCUGCCUGGUUGAGCCGCGUUUUUCCCCACCCCAUGAUGUUGCCGAUCUUGGGGCUCCUUGAGCACACCGAGAGCAACGUCAGGUUAGCCUUCUGUCCGGCCACAAGGCGAUUGGAAAGAACAAGACAGAGGACCAACAGAAACGAUGACCACACAGGGGCGACCACUGCCCGUGCGAAUGAGGGUGAACGCUGAGGACGCCUUUCUCUGCAGGCGAGGCUUCCACCCCGGACGCUGAAACAAUCUGCAUGCGGCUCCUGUCGAUAGAAUUGCCUCAUUUGUCGGAUUCACGCGUCCCGAAGAUAGCCUUCUGCUUCCGGUCACACAC